UAUUGUGACAACUGUCAACGCCUUUGCAUUUUUAUACGUUCUUCUUGUAUUAUCAAAGAAUGACUAAUUUUCGUGAGUGUGUUUUUGUUUAACAAAAAAAUUAUUUAAAAAAAAUAUAAUAAAAAUUAUUAAUAAUUUUAUGGAAUAUUUAGAAAAAUAAUAAAGAAUUGUAAAAAAGUGCAAGAAAGAAAAAAGCAAAUAGAUUACAUAAAUAAAAGAAACAAGUUUUUGUGUGUUUAAGAAGGAUUCAAUAUGAAAAAACAAUUUACUAAAAUUAAAAUAGCAGCUGAAAAUCUUUCAAGAUCUAAUAAACCAGAUCGCAAGGAUUUUGAAUUAGAAACCAUCGAAAAACAAGUGGAAAAAUAUCGCGAUGUCUUGGAUAAAAUGGUACGUAAGUUGCCUACUGUGCCCAACAGUAGCAGCAGCGGCGGUUCAGCUGAUUUACAGGAACGCGAUAAACGCAUUAAAAAACAAACACACUAUAAAAUUGGCCAAGCCCUGGAAGAGUCAUCAAAGGAAUUAUCGAAAGAUAUGCCUUUGCAUCAUGUUUUAGUUAAUUGUGGCGAACUUGAAAAGUCAAUUGCUGAGUGUAUUGUUGACAGUGAAUUGGAAACAGAAUGCGAAGUGGUGCGGCGUCUUAAAUUAAUUUUAGACAAUGAAAUACAAGAGAUCUCAACCUUAAAACGUAAUGUAUCCCGUACUUUACAAGAAUAUGCAUCAUUAAAACGUAAUUAUGAGGCUGCCAUACGUUUAGAUGAGCCACAGGCGAAAAUCAAUCAUAUUAAAGAUCAACAGGAACAAUGUGAGAUUAAAUUGGAAAAAGAGCGUGACUCAUGGGCUGCUCAAAUGUUUGAAUUGAUCGCCAAAGAGGAUGUUAUUGUUCAAUGCAUACGAGAUUAUGUACUCAACCAAAGAAACUAUCAUGAGCGUGCUUUACAAAAGGUCAACAGCUCCUUGGCCAAUAUACAAGAUAUCAUACAAUCCACAGUGAAAUCACGUUUUGGCACUUCGCUAACGGAUCACUUGGAUUCCACAAAUCGUGAAAUAUCUUAUAUUAUAGAGUUAUGUGUCUGCUGUUUGGUGGAGAAUGGUUUGAGCGAGGAGGGUUUAUUGCGUGUGGGUUGUGCUAGCACUAAAUUGAGACGCAUGAAACAUGCUUUAGAGGCCCAAUAUGUUAAGACUCCUCUGCCCUUGGAUUAUCAAGAUCCUCAUGUCAUUGGUUCUAUUUUAAAGUUGUAUUUGCGGGAAUUACCCGAACCUUUAUUGACCUUUAAGUGCUAUAAAGAUUUUCUUAAAGCGGUAGAGAAAAACUCCGAAGAGGAACGUAAAAUUGAGAUUAAAAACACUUUGGCCAAACUGCCCACUUCUAAUUAUUUAAAUUUACGUUAUUUAACCAAAUUCCUAUGGUUGGUUACCCAGAAUGUGGAUUGCAAUAAAAUGUCUUCACACAACUUGGCCAUAGUCAUGUCACCGAAUAUGUUAUGGCCACGUGUGGAUAAAAACAAUCCAGCCGAUUAUAUGGGUCAGGUGAAUAGUUCAUCGGCUGUGAAUAUCAUUGUGGAGCUGUUGAUAAGUCAAUGGGAUUAUUUCUUUGAGGGUGAGGUGGAUUUCUUUGUCACUUUACAGCGUGGCAAACUGUUUGUGGAGGAUAAAAGUAAAUCGAAUUCUUCGAAUGAGAAUUUAGAUCGUCAUGAUAUAGAUAUCUCUGAUAGUCCCCGCUAUGGCACCAUAAGACGUCAAAAGCCCUGUGCUCCUUCACCACCUGCAAAACCGCAAAAUAUUGUUGUUAGCUCUGAUCCAAAUGGUUCAACUACAAAUGAAACGAUUAAAAACAAUGGAGAACUACAGCAUAACAACCACCAAAGAGCUAAAGAAUUAUUUCCCUCAAAUAAUACAACUAUUACACAAGCGGUAACUAAUAAUAACAACAAUAGUAGCUCAGCAGGCGGCCAUAUAGAAAAACCUGAAAUUCCUCCCUUACCUAAACAACUGCUCCUCCAACAACAGCAGCAACAAACGAAUCAAAACGAAACAAAUACAACGACCACAACUAAUACAACACAUCCUCCCAUUUCCGCCAAACCUGUACCCAUGACACGUACACAAUUUUUCGGUUUGGAUAAUUUACCCUCACCCACUGCAGAUCGCAAGAGUAAUGAUAGUGUUAGUUCUCUCAACUUUAAACCAGAUCUCCCACAAAAACCAAAAAUACCCAAACGACCCAUGGUUUUAGGUUUGUCAACAACAACUGCCGGAGGCACUGGUUCCGGUAUAAACAGUAAAAGUGAUGAGGAAUCCACUCCCACUAAUAACAGUCAAAAUACCAGUGAUUGCUGUACUGCUACAAAUGGUUCAUUACGUGGUCAUAAAACUGCCGAACAAUUGGUUCAAGAACAUUGUGAUAAUGUUACCGCUUUACAGGCCAAUAUUGGCAGCAGUAAUACCUCGAUACCCUCAGCUAUACUUAAAGAAACCAAUCAUAAUAAUCAUUUAAAUCUACAGACAACAACAACUGCAAAUCAUACUACUAAUAAUCAGGGCAAUUUGGAAGUGAAUGCUAAUGCUAUGACUGCACCACCUCCCGUCAUACCUCCUCCUCCGGCUGUAACAGUGGCAAAAGUUAUGACAACUAAUACUAACAACACAGAUAAACCAUUAGAGAUACGCUUGACCACCCCCACAACUCCGGUAUCGCCCAAUAUGAUUAUGACACCUAAACGACCUACAGUGCCUGCUCCUCCCCCGCCUACAAGUGCGAAAAAACUAAGUGAAUGAUUUCAUUUUCAAAAAUGAAGUGUUGAGUUUGGAAUGCUUGUUUUAAGCGUGUUUGUGUGUUAAGUUUUGAGUGUGUGUGUGUGCUUAACUUUGUUUUGCAAAGGAGAUUUUUUUGAAAAAUUAUUUUAGGUUUUGAAAAAAGGCAGGAUUUGUUAAGGAAUUAGUUGAGAAGAGAGAGAUUGAAGAAAAAGAAACUUGAAUGGUUAAGGUUUUAUUAAAAAAGUACUUUUUACUAAAUUUUCUAGAAAAAGUUCAUAAUAUCGAUAUGUUUUUAUAGAAUUAGUAUGUUAUCGAUAAAUUUCUUAUGAAAAUUUAAAGUUAUCGAAAAUGCUUUAAAGAAAUUUUAAAUUUUCUAUAAAAAUUUUGGGUUUGAUAAAUAUU